AUGGAAUCGGUUGCCUCUAGUCUUGCAGAAUUCGUCCAUCUAGAUGGCACGAAAGUGACCGAGAAGAUCAUAGGUAUUGGGGGAACCAAUAUUGUUAUCGAAGACGGAAUAUACGCCAUCAAACUUCCUCGCCUCUCGAGAUUUUUCGACCCUGACGGGGUUUCUGUCUUGAUAGAUCAAAGUCGAGCCCCAGGAGAAGGCGAUCACGACUAUCACAGCGACCUGAUCAAUGCUCUAGACAACGAAAAGGCCAUUUAUAGGAGAAUCGGCCCGCAUAUCGGCGUUACUCCCUGCUACAACUUAUCUUCGACGGAGCCUUCAGUCCAGAUGCUACGAAUGGGACAAAAUCUGCAACAGCAUCUGAAAGACAACAGACCAGACCGCAAAAAGCAGCUAGCAUGGUCAACACAGUUAGCGGAAGCCCUCGCCCAUAUCCAUUCUCGUGGUGUGAUUGUGGCUGAUGUUAACCCAUCCAACAUCGUUCUUGACGAUGACUCAAACGUGAGAUUCAUUGACUUUUCAGAAUCGACUUUAAUGGCUCUUGAUUGGGACCUGAAGAGUCCGGACGAGCACGGGUAUUCGAUUCUCAGUGAUAUCGGGCAGCUAGGUGCGGUGAUCUUUCUGAUUGUAACGGGCCGGCCGUGCAAAUUCACUCUUGAAGAUGCCCAAGAUUCCUGCGAACCCGUAACUUGGCCACAGCGAAAUAGUCUACCGGAGACAGCCAAUGUAUGGCUUGGUGCUCUGAUUGAGAAAUGCUGGACGAAGGGUUUCAGAACCACAGGAGCCCUCGCAGCGGCCCUUAGGCAUGUGGAGGUUGUUCAAUAG